AUGCUCAAGUCUCGGCUCCGCAUGUUCCUCAACGAGCUGAAGCUGCUGGUGCUGACGGGCGGGGGGCGGCCCCCGGCCGAGCCGCAGCCCCGGGGGGGCGGGGGAGGCGGCUGCGGCUGGGCGCCCUUCGCCGGCUGCUCGGCCCGGGACGGCGACGACGACGAAGAGGAGUACUACGGGUCCGAGCCGAGAGCCCGGGGCCUGGCCGGCGACAAGGAGGCGCGGGCCGGACCCCCGCCGCCGCCCGCGCCUCCGCCGCCUCCCCCGGGCGCUCUGGACGCCCUGUCGCUCAGCAGCAGCCUGGACAGCGGGCUCCGAACCCCUCAGUGCCGAAUCUGCUUCCAGGGCCCUGAGCAGGGGGAGCUCCUGAGCCCCUGCCGCUGCGACGGCUCCGUGCGGUGCACUCACCAGCCCUGCCUCAUCCGCUGGAUCAGCGAGAGGGGCUCCUGGAGCUGUGAGCUCUGCUACUUCAAGUACCAGGUCCUGGCAAUCAGCACCAAGAAUCCCUUGCAGUGGCAGGCCAUCUCCCUGACGGUCAUCGAGAAGGUCCAGAUUGCAGCCAUAGUUCUGGGCUCACUCUUCCUCGUCGCCAGCAUCUCCUGGCUCAUCUGGUCCUCACUUAGCCCUUCAGCCAAGUGGCAACGGCAAGAUCUGCUCUUUCAGAUCUGCUAUGGCAUGUACGGCUUCAUGGAUGUCGUCUGCAUAGGCCUCAUCGUCCAUGAAGGCUCCUCCGUCUACCGUAUCUUCAAGCGCUGGCAGGCAGUAAACCAGCAGUGGAAGGUCCUGAAUUAUGACAAGACCAAGGACGUAGGAGGAGAUGCAGGGGGAGGGACGGCAGGGAAGCCGGGCCCCAGGACCUCACGGACGGGCCCCCCUACUGGGGCCACCAGCCGCCCCCCGGCUGCCCAGCGCAUGCGGACGCUCUUGCCUCAGCGCUGUGGCUACACAAUCCUGCAUCUCCUUGGACAGCUGCGGCCACCAGAUGCCCGUUCCAGUUCCAGUUCUGGCCGUGAGGUUGUCAUGAGGGUCACCACAGUCUGA